CCAGUACGGUGCGCCUUAAAGCCCAAACAUCAACUCGUCCGCACUCGACUCUCUCGUAAUCAUACGUGAAGCAAUGUCCGCCACCAGGUACCGUCGCUUCUUGAAGCUGUGUGAAGAGUGGCCCCGGGAUGAGACGAAGAGGGGCCGCGAUCUGGGCACGUUUCUGCGGCAGAGAGUAGCCUCUGCGUUCCGCGAGGGCGAGAACACACAGAUCUCUGACCCCGAGAAAUGUGAUCAGAUGUAUGAAAGUUUGGCCCAAAUCAACGGCAACGUGUACAGACAACGUUUUCCUCGUGUCAGAGACACAAGCUUUACCGGCGUUACAGUGGAGGAGUGUAAAGUGCUUUUGUCAGGGAGUAUGCAGCAGAUGGAUGAAGAAAAAAAGGGUCUGUGGAAGACGUUAAUGGAGAGAUUCUCCUCCAAAUCACCGGAAGAAGUUCCAGAGAAAGCUCCUGAAAAAUAGCUCUUUUCUUAUUGUAUUUAUAGAAAUAAAAUGUAUCGUUGGUA